CAUUGCCAAGGAAUAGCAAUAGAAGUGCAACAUGUUUCAUCUGCGCUGUUGGAUUGGUUCGGCUACAUUGCUCAUCUGUGCGCUUUUGCUCAACGCAACAGCAGGACGAAGUCUGUCUCGUCCAGUUCGUGAUACGGUGACAGAUGGCAUCGAAGUAGAGCUGUCCGCUUCGGGAGAGGACAUGCGGUCAGCUAUUCCAGUGAUCAGCGACAUUCAACGUGUGGAGAAAAUUGCCGAUCUGUUGAUUUCUAUCGGGGAACACGUAAUUCCUGCCUUGCUGGAUGGGUUGGCCGAACAGGUAACUGCUGCUAAUCCGGAACGAAGGCUUUUGCACCACAUCGACAAAGCAGUAGCGCCGGAUCAAACAUUAUAGCUGCGCAUAAACCGAAUGCCUUAAUGGUAAAAUGUAAAACGCUGGAAGAUAGUAGAUAAAUACAAACUAUCUAUUUAUUAGCACCAUC